GUGGCAUCUCGUCAUCAUCUCAACAUACUUGAACAAAAAAGCGUAUGGCAUUAUGUUAAAAAAUACAGGACAACGGGGGCGGGGUCUGAACGCCAUGUCGGAAGGUUACAUUGAGUUAUUGCUCCUCCAAGUCUUUACUUGCCAAGCUAUUCUACAGUGACUAAGCAUGAUCAUCUUACCUUGUGGUGUAAACCCUGGCUACAGCACAACAAUAGAGGCACUUCUGUCUACCUUACAACCAGAGAUGGCCCCAAUAUUCUGGAGAUUGUGUUCCCUAGAGGCCGAGGCCUAGUCAGUCAUUGAGGACUGCUCCCUCAUUCAGCCGCACACGGGACCAACAAAGCUUGUAUCAGUGGCCCUGUUCUCCUCCCCCCCCCCUCAUCCCUAUGGACCGGUGGGGGUUAUCCCGGUCCACACAGGAGAGCUGGUGGUUUCAGGAGACACCUGAGGGGCCUCGGAAGCAAACUCCCUACUAACCAGCCAAGAUGGCUGCCCGGCUCCCUAAUAAGGGGCACAACCCACAUCUUGCAGAGCUACUGGCGGCCUUUGACAAAAUUUGCAACGAUUUCUGGGCCAGUCUUACACUGAGAUCUGACCAGCUGAAGCGUGAUUCCCUCCUCACUACACCAACCUCGAUUGCAGAGGGGAAACAAGAGGCAACAAUGGAGGCGCAGACAUCAUACCCAAUCCUCAUGCAACCCCGGGUGGGGCUGGACUUAAGCAUUACUAACAGCUGGGUUCGUGGAAAAAUGGUGUUGGAUUUACUUCCAACUCGGGGCUGGUGUGAUCGCCCGAUUGGGCCUACUCCGUGUGUCCUGCAGGACAGUCCUGGAGCGAAGAUUUUGCAUAUACCUAAACUAGGCAUCGGAUAAAGAGCUCACUACCUUUUGAGUAAUGCAUGUCUUAGCUUUUUGUAGAUUUUUGGCCUUGAGGCUCUCCUGUGUGUUUCUACUUUUUGUUUGCUACUCUAUCGCUACAUUUAAAAAAAUAAAUAAAAAAUGUGUUCAGUAUAUCUUGACAUCUCGUGCUCUGUCUAUACAUUUGUAUUUUAAUGUUUUAUUAUGUACUGUAUGUCACUAUCAAUAUGUG